AUAUUUCAUUAUAGAAAAUGAAUGAGAUGAACAAUCACGCUUGUGGAACUAUUCAUUGUUAUGUAGGACGACCUGCUGAGUGGGAGAAGUACAUGUGAACUCCACCUACAACGCCCAAUUGUAUAUUAUAUACGCGUGUGUUUUUUUUAUUUAAUACACACAGCGUGUGUGAAAGAAGUCAUUACACAACAGUGGUUAUUAUUGGAAUGGCAGUAGUAGGUAUCUGGCUGAUGGUUUUAGUCCGUGAAAGGAACACCCAGUGAGGAUAAGGAGUAUUUGGCAUGGCUGUCUUUAAAUAUUGAUUGUGUGCUGGUUGGUGCGGAGACACACAAGGUGACUAGACAUGGUUAACGUUACCUAGUGGCCUCCCUUGCAUGUGAUGAAAAUGAGCAUUGUUGCACAAUACACAGGGUUCAUAAUUCUGAGGAAAAAAGUGAGGAUCACCAAGACUCAAAGCGAAUCAAGACCAAGACGAGAAACAGAAAGGAAUGGAGAGGCUCUUGGAAAUCGUUGGAGGUUUUGGAAACUACCAGAAGAGGACGUUCCUCCUCCUGUCCCUCCCGACGGUGGUGGUAUCCAUGCAGAAACUGGCAUGGGUGUUCCUUGCGCCCAAGGUUGAUCACAGGUGCCGCAUGUGGUGGGAGGAGGAAAACGCCACCUACCCGAUGGAUGAUGAACUGAAGACGCUAGCCUACCCAUGGGAUGACCAGAAGAAAGCCUACGAUCACUGCCAUUAUUACAGUAAUGUCACGAUGGAACCCCCGCAACGGGCUAACAACAGCGAAAUACUUUCAUGCAGCACGAGCCAAGUGUACGACACCUCACAGUUCAGGACCAGUGCUGUGAUUGACUACAGUUUGGUGUGUGAUAGGGCGUGGCUCCGAGCGACAGUACAGAGCACCUAUAUGGUUGGCAUGCUACUGGGCUCCUACAUACUGGGUGACAUCUCAGACAGGGUUGGCCGAAAGCCGGUUUUCCUGACAUCCCUGGUGAUAAUGGUGGUUGUGGGCAUCGGACAAGUAAUCAUUCCUCACUAUGCUGCCCUGAUUGUCCUCCGCCUGCUGCUCGGUGCCUCGCUACAAGGGAUCUUCCUCGUCGCUUACGUCAUGACAAUGGAGAUGGUGGGGAAGAGAAGUCGCACGGUGGUAGGAGUACUUGCACAUGGUUUCUACUCCAUUGGUUUCUUCAUCACCGCCCUGAUGGCUUGGCUUAUCCCCUCCUGGCGCUGGCUUCAAGUCGCCAUGACCUUGCCAGCCCUUUUCUUCAUCCCCUACUACUGGAUCAUCCCAGAGUCUGCUCGGUGGCUCCUCACAAAGAGACGACCUGAGGAGGCGAAAGUCAUCCUAGAGAAAGUAGCCAAGGUCAACAAGAAGCAGGUAGAUGAGAGGGAUUUAGAGGAAUUAAUGAAAAUCCCAAUUGAUGAGGAUAAGGAAGCCAAAGGGACUUUCUUUGAUCUCUUUCGCUUCUCCAGGUUGCGCUUCAGGACUCUCAACAUUUUCUUCAACUGGAUGGUCAACAGUGGUGUCUAUUAUGGCUUGUCCCUCAGCACUAGUAAUCUGGGAGGCAAUCCUUACCUUAACUUUGUAAUCAGUGGAGCAGUAGAGCUGCCAGGUCUUGCUCUUGCCACUAUACUUCUGGAUCGAGUGGGCCGCCGUAUCCCUCUGGCUGCCUUCCUUGGCCUGGGUGGUCUAUGUCUUGUGUCUACAAUAUUUGUUCCCAAGGAGAUGACCUGGCUCCUGAUAACACUUGCAAUGAGUGGCAAGUUGUGCAUUACCGCUUCCUAUGCCAUCAUCUAUACACUAUCAGCAGAGGUGUUCCCUACUGUGGUGCGCAAUGUUGGCAUGGGCUCCUCCUCCAUGGUGGCACGAAUUGGAGGUGCCUUAGCUCCCUACAUCAAUAUGCUAGAUGACGUAUGGGGUCCAUUGCCACUGGUCAUCUUUGGAUCUCUUGCCGGUGCAGCAAGUCUCCUCACUCUUCAGUUGCCAGAAACUCGGUCUCGCCAACUCCCUGAAACCCUGGAGGAUGGGGAGAACUUUGGCAGAUAUUCAGAAGAAUGUGAAGAUGAGAAGGAUAAAAAGCCUAUCAAUAUCUGCAAGGAUGAGACUAAGUAACCAUGCAGGGCAAACUGUUACAGUAGGUUUUGUAGAAUAGAAUAGAAAGCAUUGCCAAUAGUUCUUGUAUACAGUAUUAAAUUAUGAUUUGAUUGAGCUUCAAGUCAUGUGUAAGUAAUGAUCUAAACAUACAAACCUCUAUACUCCCAUACAGGGAGGAAGAGCACUUAUUGCCUCAUCAGCAAUAUUCUCAGUUUUCAUGCAGAGUCGAGAUUUUAUCCUACCAAGAUGCUUUUGUCCUGGAGCUCUGAUUUACUUGAGAUUCCAGAGCAACUGUUCAGCAUUUAAAUGUAUUGAAUGUGUUCUGGUUAUGCUCUAGUUUGAGGCAAUACUAGUGAGAAUACAUUAUUUUGAAGUGAAACAUGUAGGUGAGUGUGAGUCAAUUCAAAUGGACAAGUACAGAGGAACCUUGACUUAUGAAUGCCUCUGCUAACAAGAAAUUUGAGAUAAGAGCUACCACUUGGUCAAUUUUUUUUGCUGCAACUUGCUAGCCAAAAUCCAAGUUGUGAACUAGUUCCAGGUAUGCUGCUGCUAGUUGUCAAAGUGAAUGCCAUAUCCAUCCAGCAUCACAUAUCCAAUGUGUUCAUUUCAUGUGGAGUUUUUUUGCUGUUGAAACAUUUCUCAUGCUGUGCUAAUGUUUUGUGCUUUAAUGAAGAUUUUUAGCUUAAUUUCAUUUGUCUGACAAUAUAGGUGCUAAGCCUUCCACUCCUCCACCAUUUUCCAUUACAUCUAGUUGUCUGAUCUCCAGAGUACAUACAGUUUAUAAAAACUGUAUAUUUCUUUACAUUUAUUCUUACACUUUAUUAUGUUUUUAUACUAUAUUCAUUAUUCAUAAAUAAUUUUUACUUAACUAAAAUUACAAAAAAAAUAUUUAUAAUGCUUUUUUGGGGGGAAAUGGAACAGACUAAUGGCAUUUCAAUGAAUUUAAAUGGAGAAAAUUUAUUUGAGAUACAUGUGCAAAUUGAGUUACAAGCUUUGUUAUGGAACAUAAUUCAAGGUACCACUGUAUUGUGAUGAUUGUCAUUGAUUUUUGUUAUAGUUCUGAAUCUCCUAAGUAUUUACUUAAGGAAAGAUUGGAAUGAUUUAUGGCAUAAAUAUUUUGUGCAUAUUGAUAGUGGAUCUCUCUUGUCUUGAGAGUUUCUGUGAUGAGUCCUGGUGCAGCUUAUUGAUAUCUUUUAUGAAAAUAUAAAGUUUGGUCAUAAUCAAACUCCUUUAUGGAAAACUUUAUAAGAUUUGAGGUUUUCUUCACAGGAUUAGAACUUUGUUGGAAGAAACAGAUCAAUGUGCUCAUUAGGAGGCAAGAAUAAUUGCUUACAUAUGUUCAAUUGAAAGAAUAGCUAAUCUGUUAAUAAGUCAUGCUAAUUAAGUCCAGUGUUUAUUUCAGCCUUGCACAUAGUGCAUUUCAUAAUAAACAGAAAUAUACCAGGUUAUUGUCAAACCAUCAUGAUGGUGACACCAAGAUCUUAGUUCAAUGAAGAAGACUAGAACAACAAACAAGACUUUUCUCCAUCAAACUACUCAGUAGAAUGUACGAGAUGAUCAUACCGCAUGGUCUAUACUGCUGAUAAAUGAGGUCUUUAUUGCAUUACGGUAAUGCAUGACAUUUUCAACAAGAGACACCUGAGGGAAAUACAAGUUGAAUAUAGAAAUUUUGCUCUUGAAUAAUCAAUAUUUAGAAAGUCUUAUUUAGUCUUGGCUAUGAAUUAUGAUAUAGCAGAAAAAGUGGUGUAUUUUGAUCAUGACUUAAGAGAACAGCAAUCAAUUACAAACACAUCAUACAUCCAUCAAGAAGAGUAUAAGACCUAAUAUGGCUUUUAAUAAGCACUUCCAUUGUCCAUAUGGCUGUCACACAAUCAUACAAUAACCACAGUCAUAAAAGAGAAAUAGUCUUCCUGAAAGGAAAGGGAUAUACUGAAAGAGUUAACAUGAUGGAAAUGCUGAUUAAACAAGUGAAAGUAUUCCACUUGUCACCAGUCUGGCAAGGGGUAUCUUCCUUAGAAAUUAAUACAAUUGUAACAUUCUGGUGUGCACUUAAAUGCUGGUCUCUAUUAACAUGCCUUUGACAUGUGCACUAAUUUACCUUAAUUUUACUUUUCCAUGUGACUUUUCUCUUCUAUCAACACUUCCAUCUUUAUCCAUAUACACUUUCUUGCAAACUCUUUGUUCUUAAUCAUUUCAAUUUAUUAAUUUUCAUCCAUUCUAUCACUCCAUAAGCUGCUUUCUCAAAUGUGUUUUACUGAUUUUCCAUACACACUCACUACUUUCAUCUUCCCAUCUUGUCACUCUACUUGGCCUGCUCAGAUAAAUAAUUUCCACAACAUACACUCUGCUAUUAUACUUUAUUCCAUAUCAUAAUCUCUGAUCCUUAUCUCAGUACUGACAAGAGGAAACCUUUCCUUAAAUCUAUACAUCAACCUUGCAAGUGAUACUACAAUACAUGUAUCUUUCACAGUCCUCUCUUUUAUCUUUACAUUUAUCUCACUAUGUGUACCUUGCACUGCUCCCAAAUACUUAUUUUCUCUUUCAUUCUCUUCCCAUAACUAGCUCACACCUUUGGACAGCUGGUACUCAUACACUCAUCCCAUAAUGUAUCAUUAAGUCACAAAACCACUUCUCCAGUCACAAAAAACAUUACUUACUUUUCCAAACAUUCAUCUUUAUUUUUUCCCUUUCUUAUUAUCUUUUGAAUUGAACCACAACUUAGUAAAAUUGUAUUUAUUUUCCUGCUUCUGAGAGUGUCAUCUGCAAACAAGCAUACUACUACAACCCUUCACACUCCAUUCCAUUUCAUCCUUGCAUCAACAUUUCCCACUUUAGCUCUUAUUUCCUUUACAGACUUUCUUGAAAUAUCAAACAAUUAUAGAGAUAUAAAAAAUCCCUGCCUCUCUCCU